UUUUGUUUGGUUGGUUUUAUUUGGUUUUGUCUUCUUUCUCCUUCACCCUGGAUCCCCUCCUGUUUUUUCAAAAAGGGAAACUGAGGCAGAGGACAAGUUGGCUAGCAAUAUCUGUUGAGGGGGGAAAGGUGGUGGAGAGGAAGGCACUCCAAAUUUGCAAUCAAAAGACCUCAGUUCAAGAUUUGCUUUAGUGCUCCUUAGGUGACUUUGGCCCAAAACUCUUCCUCUUCUUGGGCUUCGGCUUCCUCAUCUAUAAAAUGAGAGAGGGCCCACCUGUCUCCCAGGUGUGCUGUGACCAGACGUGUCCAAAGAGUUUUAUGAAAGAAAAUGCAUCAGUACUUGUGCGUGCGAUCGUCACCACUGCAGAUGGGCUCCCUCGCACCUCCUUGCCCUAAGGGUCUUGGGGCACCUUCGUAGGAAUUAGGAAAGGUACCUCCUCUGGAGGAAAAGCGUGUUCGGCUGGGCUAAGGACCUGAGGUCUUUAUUAUGAGAAAAAAAGGCACACUUUUCCCCAGGCGCAGCACCCCGCACAUUUGGGCAAGUAGAAUGUGGGCUAGAUUCCAGAGCCCACCUACCCUUAGGUGGGCACGUCUGCACAGCUGCACCCUGCAACCCUUCUCAGCAGGCCCCCAGUACCUCUAAAAAACACAAAGCUACACACACUCUCAGGGUAUUGCCCAUAGAAGGCCAUAUCCUAGGCUGUUGCCAGCUCAUUUUCUGUCCUGCUUUAACUUCAGGGCCUUUGGAUAGUCAAUGCCCAAAGACUAUGCACUACUAGGAAGCAUGAUGGAAUCCUAUCAGACAGUGACUCCUUUGAGUUAAGCAGUGCCUUCGUCAAGCUCCCAGGGGUAGGAGUUACUGAGACUCUAACCCCUAUGUUAAGAACUUGAUUAGAUUGCUUUUCUCAAGGCCAAGAGCAGAAGCUUCUGCACACCUGGUGGCACAGCUGUUCACAAACUGUUGAAACCUGUUAUUUCAGAGCAUCCUCAGAGUAAGCUUGGGAGGAAGGUCUCCUCACAUCUACACAGAGGAAGCCAUGCCCUGAGAAGUUAAGGAACUUGCCUAAGGUUUCACAGUGUGUAAGAGGUAAAGCAAAGGCUCAAGCCCAGGUCUAGCCUCUCCACUCCACCACUGAGGAACAAAGGUGCGGACCUCACAGCCUUGCCAAAGCUCUGCUGGAACUGUUACUCUCCCUCUCUGUCCCCAGCAACUCCUGGCUCUCUCCUUCCCCUCAGUGACCAGCCCCUAAGCCCAGAUGGAGUCACUUUCACUUGCUCUGAUUUCAUGGGGGAGGAGGGAGCUGCUUCAAAGCCUAACUGUUCUGGCCUCUUUAGUGCAAAAAGCGCCCUAAGAAAUCCAGAGGUCCAGUGUAGGAGCUGACCUUUGAGUAGGUCAGAGGCAGGAAAGAGGUCAGGGAACAGCUAUUUCCUUUCUUGCCCAUAUGGGGACUGAAACAAUGGCCAUCAUGGAGGAUAUCAGCACAGAGAGCCAGUGACCAAAGAAGAGCCACAGGAAAAUGCAGCAACCCGGAGGCUAAAGGAAACUCAUGGACCCCCUAACCAUCCAUUGUGUUCCCAGGAUCCCUGGGUACCAAGGGGGGAGAGGAUGGGGUAAGCCCAGUAGACAGGGCUACAGGCCCCUUCAAACAGAGGGUCUCUGCUUGUGUCUGUGUUAUAUGUGUGUGAGUUUUCACCUGAGAAAGGGGUGCCGGUGCUUACAAAAAAAAAAAAAGUUUUUAGAAUCACUGGCCCAAUCUAAUGGUUCCCAAAAUGCUGGACCAUCUGUAUUACCUGGGUAUUUGUUAAAAAUGCAAAUUCUCAGGCGUCAUCCUGGACCUACUAAAUAACUCUGGGGGUAGGGCCCAACAAUGUGUGUUUUAACUAGCCCUCCAGGUGAUACACGGGCCUAUUAAAGUUUAAGAACCACUGAUCUAGUCCAAGUGUAUAGGAAACAGAAUCCUAGUUGUGGGUCAAGGGCAGCGCUGGGAAGAGAAUCCGUCUCCCGACCCGGGAGCUAUGGACAUUUGGAGGCAGCCCCUACCCAACCUUCUCCUUCUCCUUCCCCUUCUCCUUCCUCUCCCAGGCACCAUGCUGCCUCUCCUGCUGGGCCUGCUGGGCCUGGCCACCAGCUGGGCCCUGAGCCCGGCUCCCAGCUCCACGGAGCUGCGCUCGGCCUUCUCGGCGGCACGCACCACUCCGCUGGAGGGCACGUCGGAGAUGGCAGUGACCUUCGACAAGGUGUACGUGAACAUCGGGGGCGACUUCGAUGCUGCCACGGGCCAGUUCCGCUGCCGCGUGCCCGGAGCCUACUUCUUCUCCUUCACCGCCGGCAAGGCCCCGCACAAGAGCCUGUCGGUGAUGCUGGUGCGCAACCGCGACGAGGUGCAGGCGCUAGCCUUCGACGAGCUCGCCUUCGACACCGAGCUCGUCAACAUCGGCGGCGACUUCGACGCGGCGGCCGGCGUGUUCCGCUGCCGCCUGCCCGGCGCCUACUUCUUCUCUUUCACGCUGGGCAAACUGCCGCGCAAGACGCUGUCGGUGAAGCUGAUGAAGAACCACGAUGAGGUGCAGGCCAUGAUUUACGACGACGGCGCGUCGCGGCGCCGCGAGAUGCAGAGCCAGAGCGUGAUGCUGGCGCUGCGGCGCGGCGACGCCGUGUGGCUGCUCAGCCACGACCACGACGGCUACGGCGCCUACAGCAACCACGGCAAGUACAUCACCUUCUCUGGCUUCCUGGUGUACCCCGACCUCGCCCCCACCGGCCCGCCGGGCCUCGGGCCCCUGGAGCUCUGAGCUGCCACCGGGAGAGGAGCCGGGGCCGUGUCCCGAACGCCCCGCCGGCGCGAGCAUGACGGCCUGCGCGGCUGGACUCUGCCAA